CAUCGUCGGCAGCGCAUUUGCUUCAUCAAGUCAUUUCGUUCACCGAUGAAGUUUGCUAACUACACGCCAGAGUUACCAGCUCAUACAUCGCUGUACCGUAUCGCACUAGCCUGUACCGACAUCGAGCAAAGAGGGUCAAAAGCCGGCGAACAAAGAGCACCGUGAUGGCUUACAUAUUUCCAACGCGGUAUCUCGUCUGAUUGGCAAGUUUUGGGGUUCAUUAGGGACAAGUGUAUAUAGGGUAUCGUUCUUUUCUUUUCUGGUAAACAACUUGCAUUCAGCGCUUGCCUGUACGGAGUUGCAACGCUCACAUGCACGGUACGUUUAAAUAUAGCCGGCGAUAUUGACGAUACAGUGUACGUGCGAUGCUUGGCUCUGAUAACAGUUCUGGUACUUUGCCCUUACGGGGCAAUGGUUAAUGUAUCAUUGUCGUCUGUUCUGUGCGCUGUUGUGACUGUGAUUGCAAAUUUUGUGCAGUUUUUGGCGCCGAAUUAGUGAAUAUAUAUUUAACUGGGCCGAGCGGACAACAUAGUCACAUCUACUAGACUCUGCAGUUACAGACUGCACAUUCUCAAUUCCUCGCCGCCCUAUGAACGAAGUUUACCUUCGCGUUUUGGUAACUCCUUCAUCCAUCAGCCUUUGGUACGGGUUGACUCACCCGUUUGCUUGUUCUCUUUUGCGACCUGGUUGUUUUAACUGGAAGGAACUUGUCGAUAUACAUCUGGCUUCAGCUAUCGAUCGCCAUGGCGUUGUCAAUGUUCAAACGAAAGCCCAAAAGUUCGGUGGCUGCGGCAGCGGCUGCUUCACCCAAGGAGAAGACGUUUACCAUCCAGUACCUGGGCAGCCUACGCACCUUCAAGGGAAAAGGGAGUGACUGCCUGGACGAACCUCUCCAGGAGAUAUGGGUCAAGUCAAACAAGGGCACCCGCUCGGCAAAGGCUCAGCUGACCAUCGCGGCGGACGGCGUGAAUCUGGAGCGGAUGGACAUCAAGGAUCUACCAACCUCCGUCCAGUUCUUCCACCUGAACCGCAUCUCGCACUGCGGCCUGCACCCCAAGUACCCGCGCGUGGUGACCUGGAUCCACCGCAACGAGCUUCAGCGCAUGCAGGUGGAGAUGCGGGCCCACGCCGUGAUCUGCAACCGCUCCGAUAAGGCCCGCAUGAUCGCCGACCUGCUCAACGAGCGGCUCCGGUCGGCCUUCGCCGACUUCAAGCAAGAGAUGAAGGUCAGGGACAAGAUUUCCAUACGCCGAUCCAGCGAGGGCACGCUGGACGUGGCCGGCCUUCAGAAGCUGCAGAACCACCGGUCCACUUUCAUGCCGCCGGUGGCCAAGCGGGGCAGCGUCCCUGCUCUCGGGAUCAUCUUGGAGAAGGGCAAGCUGGUUGGAGUCGCGGAGACGAUUGAAGCUGACGAAGAAGAAGAGGAAGACGAAGAUGGAGACACAUUUUAACAUCAGUGUUUCAGAAGUGAAAUCAAGUACUUACAACUCAACCGCAAGUCAGUCACAGACAAUCACACAGCCUAAUGUCAAGUCAUAAGAUAUUCGAACGAUGACAUCAUCCCUAUACCUUAUGACUUUCCUUACGAUCUAUGGACUUGUGACGGAUUCGUCAACAGCUGUUCCAUGUUCCUUUCAAUCGUGCCUGACGACUGCCUUAUCGCUUCCAUACGUCCUGGAACCUGGAAUUAACUCGGGAAAUUUGCAGAUAACAUCUCAUGACAUGCGCACACGCUUCUCUUUCUGGCACCGUUGGAGACCAUCUUCAUCAUCCUACGAAUGUCCAUACGAAGACGUUUUUGUCCGUCAAGAAAUCUGGUUGAGGAUAUCUCAACAUAUCGACCAGUUUAUAGGUUGGCACCAAGCAUCCUGUGAAUCCACUCGGGACUCAUCACAAAUCGUAUUCGCAUUCAAGGAGGAAGUCUGAUCCACAACAUGAGUUAUGCGACAGUUCUGAACCUACAUGUUUGUAUAUAUACAUUGAACGACGGGAGUCAAACUAAAAAUUAAUGUUCCCAGUUUGAUUUAGCCAAAGUUUGAUUCGAGUCUGGGAAUAGUAACCACAGAUCAUUGUGUGAACGUGCUGUAGAUUAUCACACAAUAAAAGUGAUCAUUAGUAACAACAUGUAAAUAAGGAAUUUUUUUAAGGCAGUUUUUUAGUUCCGGCCGGCUGUGUACCCUUUAAAAUGACUGAAAUGGUUGAACAUUUCAAAGUAUUUUAAUGAACAUAAUUUUGGGAUCGAUUCUCGAAGUUUUGGCUUAUAUUCGAGGCGACUCCCUUGAUAUUUACCAGACUGGGCAUUUUGAGUAGACGUGGAUGAUAACCUUAAAAUAUGAAUAGCUUGAGGCAUACAGUGUUGACCCAAAUUCAGGUAUUCAGUUAUACCACACUGCUUAUUUGAGGUUCACCUAUUCACCGACGUCUUCACAUUUUCGUGUGGUGCCCUCUUAGAAGUCCCGAGUCAGGUUCGACCCGGAUCUGGGUCAACUUCGAUCCAGAUUUUCGGACACUUUUCGAGUCAAAAUGACACUUUGA